AUGGCCACCCCAGUGUCGAAGAUCCGUAUCCGUCCGUCGCGGUACGAACGAAGCGACCGAACGGACAGGAAGGAAACGUGCAAAAUGGUGGACGAUUUCGAGCGAAACUUCAUCACCCUGCUGAAGCGAAACCCAAUCGACCGAAGAAUGGACCGAAGUUUGUCCCGCCGGUUGACCGAGCGAACGAACCGGUGCAUCGAGGCGGUAAGGAGGAAGGACUUUUCAUCACCACCCUUCGGCUGGCACCGGGAGAAUGCAAAAGGCGGCCACGAAGCACAGGACAUGGUUUCCCAACCGGACCGUGCCGCCGUGCAGAUGCAGGUGACAAUCGAGCCAAAGAGCAAACCGCGUCCCUUGCCACCGCGGGUGGAAGAUUGGAUGGGCAACUUUCUCCGGAAGCCGACUCGGAAGCGCAUCCUGUGGCGUUCGAAGCGGUACGAAACCGAACCGUGCAACCAGGAAGCAUCGGAACGGGUGGAUCAACAGAUGGACGCGGGUGUGGAUGAUUUCGUCCGCUGGAUGAACGGACUCGGUGCGGAACGGUCCACCUUGACGAAGGACAUCGUGAAGCAGCUGUUCUCCAGCGGGUCGACCGAUGAAACGUCGCGUGCACUGAACAUUGCGCCGAAGGAGAUUCGAGCCGUGGCGGAGUCGGUCGCUGCCGAGUGGAAUCUGCCACAGAUGGCCCUGGAUUAUCGGAUCGCCGAAGUUCGCGCCCGUAACCGGAAGUGGUCGGCAAGCGGAACCGGACCGAGAAUUGCCUUCGGCCGUGCGCUGCCAUGGGAACUUCGACCGGUCGGAGAAGCGCACGAAGGCGGUGAAGAUGUGGAACAGCCAGACGUACCGGAGCAUCUGAUGAGUUUGGAGCGACUGUUUCGAGACAUCUGCCACCUGCGAUCGGUGAAGUAUCUCGUGGACUACCUGAACGAACGACCUGCCCUGCCAAAGCCACGGUUUCUGGAAGAGAAGGGCCUGUUCCAUCGCACUGAUGUGGUCCAGCCGGUUCCGUUCUAUACAAAAAUAUUAUCACAAAAAUCGAUAGCUGAGAGCAUAAGAAACUGA